AUGAAUGACUUGAGACCUGAUAUCAAGAAGGCAAUGCCUUACCAACAGAUUACGAGAUUUUAUGAGUUGGUUAACAAGAGUAGGAUCUAUGAUGAGGAUAGCCGUGAGAGUGCUGCUCAUUACAAGUCCCUGCAUGAUAAGAAAGGAAAAGGGAAAUUCCGAGAGAAGUCGUAUGAUGGUAAGAAGAAAGCUGGUGAUGGCAAGAAGACGAGUGAGGGAGGAUCUCACGCUCUUGUAAAGUGCUUCAUAUGUGGUGUUGAGGGACAUCAUGCUCCCGAGUGUCCUAAGGGCGAUGUGACUUAUUUCAAGUGUGGCAAGCAAGGUCACAAAUCUUUUGAUUGCAGAGUUACUUCGAAUGUGACUUGCUACAACUGUGGUAAGCAAGGGCACAUUAGUACCAAGUGCAACAAGCCGAAGAAGAAGCAAGUCAAAGGAAAAGUGUUUGCAUUGUCCGGUGUUGAUACUUCUACCAAGGAGAGAUUGAUUCAACGUAUGUGCUUUAUUAAUAAUAUGUCUUUGAUUGCUAUUAUUGAUAUUGGUACGACACAUUAUUUUAUUUCUUUGGAUUGUGCUAAGAGAUUGAAUCUUGAAUUAUCUGUUAUGUGUGGAAGCAUGGUUAUUGAUACUCCGGCUAUGGGUUCAGUGACUACUUCAUCUGUUUGUUUGAAAUGUCCAUUGAAUAUUUGUGACAAAGAUUUUGAAGUUGAUUUAGUGUGUCUUCCAUUGAGUCAACUUGAUGUUAUUUUGGGAAUGGACUGGUUGAGGGCCAACCAUGCCUAUAUCAAUUGUUUUGCAAAAGCUGUUCUUUUUCUUGAGCCAAAAAAGGAAGGUGAAUUAUUCUUGUCUACUCAACAAGUGAAUGAAUCUGUGCGAGAUGGUGCUGAAGUGUUUAUGUUGGUGGUAAGUUUACAUCUUAGUGAAAAUGGAACAGUGGGUGAAUUUCCAGUUUUUCGUGAUUUUCCUGAAGUGUUUCUUGAUGAGGUUAGCGAUUUGCCGCUUGAACAUGGAGAUAAGUUCAUGAUUAAUUUGAUUCCUGGUACUAAUCCGGUAUCGAUGGCUUCGUAUCGGAUGUCACCGUAUGAUUUGAAAGGUUUGAAGAGUCAGCUAGAGUAUUUGCUUGAUAAGAGGUGUAUUCGCCCAAGUGUGUCACCGUGGGGUGCACCUGUCUUGUUAGUUAAGAAGUAA